GCGAUUCGGCCAAUUACAAACUGACUAAAUAUUUGUAUUUCUUGGACACCGGUUUUGCGGUUCACGGCCUUGAGUUACCAUGGUAACAGCCGAGCUAGCGCCUUCUUACAGCACAUUUAGGGCACGAUGCAGUUACGUGACAUCCGUAAGGAAGGAGAGAAAGUAUGUCGUUUUUCUAUAAAUACAUGAAGGGGGCUCAGCGUUCUGCGUUCAUUACCCAUCAUGCCCAUCGCCUACUUCCUGGUGAAGAGAGCUGAGGGGUGAGUCACGUGACAGUGGCCGUGUGACAGGUUAGGCUGCAGCCCAGAGCUCACUAUGUUGCGACCCAAAGCCCUGACCCAGGUUCUGAGCCAGGCCAACACCGGAGGAGUCCAGAGCACCCUGCUGCUGAACAAUGAAGGCUCUCUACUUGCGUAUUCUGGCUAUGGUGACACAGAUGCCCGAGUUACAGCUGCUAUUGCUAGCAACAUUUGGGCUGCCUAUGAUAAGAACGGCCACCAGGCCUUCAACGAGGACAAUCUUAAAUUCAUCCUUAUGGACUGCAUGGAGGGCCGUGUGGCAAUCACAAGAGUGUCUAACCUGUUGCUGUGCAUGUAUGCCAAAGAGACUGUUGGAUUUGGGAUGCUGAAAGCCAAGGCCCAAGCGUUGGUGCAUUACUUGGAGGAACCUCUCAACCAGGUGUCGUCUUCCUAAGAGGAGCAGCAGUGUGCAUGGCAGAAUGGAGAAAGGAAUUGUAUGGAAACCUCACACAGGGGAAGGCUGAGCCGCUGCACAGAUAGAGGACACAUUAUCUGAGGCAACACCUUGUCACAUUGCUUUUUCCCCCAAGCAGUAAAGGCCAUUGAAAUCCCUCGCAGCACAAAACUACUUGGUUUCUCCGGGCUUUCCCUUUAUAUGUGCUUCUAUGACUGCACCAUCUCAUGCCUUUGGAAGUCAACGUUGGAUCUAGAGAUGUUAUAUUUGAACUACAUUUCCCAGAAUCCCUCCUAAGCCAAUGCUCUGAGCUGCACUUCCUUAUAUACAACGGACAUUAUAGACAUCCAUGCACUGAAGAUAAAUUGGUAUUUUUACUUAUCAGAUGAGAUUAAUUUAUAUUCAAAAUAAACCCAUAUUUUGGAGCUUUC